CUGGGGAAGGGGAAGGGCGAGGAAGACCGCGUCGUGUUCCUCGUCCCGUCUCCUCUCCUCUCCACCCCCUUCGCAUUGCUCCUGAACUUCCGAUUAGAUCAAGAAGAAAGGAGGAAGGAAAGGAAGCGAUGGGAUGCUUUUCCUGCUGCGGAGCCGAUGAUGUUGGCAAGAAAAAGAAGCGCGAUGAUCCUUAUGUUCCGGUCCCUGCCCCAGGGGGUAACUAUGGUUAUAACCGGGGGCCAGCGCCAACCCAUGCCAUCCGUACCAGUAGAAGCCAGCCAAUUGAAGUACCAGCCAUUUCCCUAGACGAAAUUAAGGAAAUAACCAAGAACUUCAGCAGUGACGCUCUUAUAGGAGAGGGUUCAUACGCAAGAGUUUUCCUUGGUGUACUGAAGGAUGGCAAGAAAUCUGCAGUGAAGAGGCUUGACUCCAGCAAACAGCCUGACCAAGAAUUCCUUGUGCAGGUCUCGGCUGUUUCAAGACUCAAGCAUGACAAUGUCAUCCAACUUCUCGGGUACUGUGCUUUAGGGAGCACCCGUAUUCUUGCUUAUGAGUAUGCAACAAGGGGCUCCUUGCAUGAUGUUCUCCAUGGUAAAAAGGGCGUCAAGGGAUCCCAACCAGGACCAGUCCUAUCGUGGAUGCAGCGGGCGAGGAUUGCUGUAAGCGCCGCGAGAGGGCUUGAAUUCCUCCAUGAGAAGGCAGAGCCACGUGUCGUCCACCGUGAUAUCAAGUCCAGCAACAUACUGCUCUUUGACAACGAUGUUGCAAAAAUAGGAGAUUUCGAUGUGUCUAAUCAGGCCCCUGACAUGGCUGCACGCCUUCAUUCUACACGUGUUCUUGGCACCUUUGGUUAUCAUGCUCCUGAGUAUGCAAUGACUGGGCAGCUAAGCGCAAAGAGCGAUGUAUAUAGCUUUGGAGUGGUGUUGUUGGAGCUUUUAACUGGCUGCAAACCAGUUGAUCAUACACUUCCCCGUGGCCAGCAGAGCCUUGUGACAUGGGCUACACCAAGGCUAAGUGAAGACAAGGUGCGGCAAUGUGUAGAUCCAAAGCUUGGUGUGGAUUACCCUCCAAAGGCUGUCGCCAAGAUGGCUGCCGUGGCUGCCCUGUGCGUACAGUACGAGGCAGAUUUCCGGCCAAACAUGAGCAUCGUCGUCAAGGCUCUGGCCCCGCUGCUGAACACCCGGACAAGCAACCGACCUGCCGGCUCGGCCUCUGGCGUAGCCGUCGAGUGAUCUCCAACCGACUGCAUGCGCACGAUUGCGACGAUCUGGUGAUGCUUAUGGCGUUUUGCCCUGGAUUUUGCGGGCUGGUGUUGUACAUGUCAACAUGUGUGGUGAGGUGAGGUUUGGUGUGGUGUGGUGUGGUGUGGUGGGAUCUCAUUUUCUUCCUCCCUUGGCGGGGGCUCGCGCUGUUGUACGUUGGGCAGGCAGGCAGGCAGGCAUGGUGGCCUCUCGACCUCUCCUAGUGAGCAAAGCAAUGGACGAUGUGCUUCUUGCUUGGUC